CCCCGGCAAACAGCGAAGAGAGCCGGUUGCGCGCCUCUAAAAGUGGGGGCAAACUCUGCGGUGCUGGAGAGGCCUGAAUAAGAGCCUGGGGUCGGAUAUGCAAGAGGACGAGCGAGGAGGAGGAGCGGACGCCCGAGGCUCCGCGCGCGGCGGAGAGGAAGGAUUUUGGAGUCAAAAUAUAUUAGAUUAUUUUCUGAAUACCAAACAAAUUAAAACAAGAGAUGGAGCUGAAAUCAUCUGGUAUCAUAGAGCAAACAGUAAGCAACACAUGAAAGAGGCAAUACAGAGUGCUGCUCACAUGAUAGAAGCAGACGUCCUUCUUUAUGGAGGAAAGGAAAGUAGUGACCCAGUCAUGGCUCAUCCACCUGAAACAAAUAGUGAUAACACACUCAAAGAAUGGCUGAAUGAAAUUAAAAACACCAACAAGGGGAUCAAGCUUGAUUUUAAAAGCCUAGCAGCUGUGAAUCCCGCAAUGAAGCUUCUUGGAGACAUAAAACUUAGACAACCUGUUUGGAUGAACUCAGACAUACUUCCUGGACCAAAAGGCAAUAACCCUGUAGUUGAUGCAAAGGGAUUCCUGGACACAGUGAUAUCAUUUUUUCCAGAUGUAACUUUAUCUUUGGGAUGGACAACUGGGAGAAUUAAUUCAAAAUGCAAUACAGGUUACAGUCUAGCCAUGGUGCAAGAAAUGGCAGCAAUAUGUAGAGAUCGUACUCAGCCAAUCACAUUUGCUGUAAGAGCUGAUUUGGUCUGUCAGUCAAUAUCUGAACUUGUGUGGUUACUACAGCAAUCGGACAGGUACACUUUAACCAUUUGGACUGGAAAAGAUGAUGACUAUUCCGUAGAUGACCUACUCUUCAUCAGACGCAGCUUUGAUAAAUGCAGAGUUUUUUAUGAUAUCUUGGAGCCACAAAACUCUGAAUUCAGAAAAGCCAUAGGAAUGUAAAAAGGAUAAAUAAAACAGCCCUAUCAAUGAUGCAUUUAGGCAUCAG